UUAUGUCCAUGUUUUCUUGUCUGUUUUCCCUAGUGAGUUUGUUUCUUGGCUGAUGGAAAUUGGUGAAACAGGAAACCCAGAAGAAGGGGUUCACUUGGGUCAAGCUCUGCUGGAGAACGGCAUCAUUCACCACGUCACAGACAAGCACCAGUUCAAGCCGGAGCCUGUGCUGUACCGUUUCCGAUAUGAUGAUGGCACCUACCACCCCAGGAGUGACAUGCAGGAUGUUAUAGCAAAGGGUAUCCGUCUGUUCUGCCGUCUACACAGCCUCUUUAACCCUGUCAUCAGGGAUAAGGACUAUCAUUUACGGACUUACAAGUCAGUGGUCAUGGCAAACAAGCUCAUAGACUGGCUUAUAGCACAGGGGGACUGCAGAACAAGAGAAGAAGCGCUUAUCCUAGGGGUCGAGCUGUGCGACAAUGGCUUCAUGCAUCAUGUGUUGGAGAAGAGUGAGUUUAAGGAUGAACCUCUGCUGUUCCGCUUUUUUGCUGAUGAGGAGAUGGAGGGAUCCAACACCAAACACAAACCCAUGAAGCACGAUCUGAAAAUAGUUGAAAAUGUUAUUGCAAAAUCUCUCCUGAUAAGGCCAAGUGAUGGAAGGUAUGGUUUUACCCUGGAAGAAAGAAACAGAGUCCCCAUCAUCAAAUGUGUGGAGAAGGGCUCCGCAGCUGAGAUGGCUGGCCUGGAAGUGGGGAAGAAGUUGUUUGCCAUCAAUGGAGACCUAGUGUUCCUGAGGCCUUACUCUGAAGUGGAAGUUCUCCUCAGGCGGUGUUUCAACAGCAAGGGGCCAAUCCGAGUGCUGGUCAGCACUAAGCCAAGAGAGACUGUAAAGAUCCCAGACUCUGCAGAUGGUCUGGGCUUCCAGAUCCGGGGAUUUGGCCCCUCUGUGGUCCAUGCUGUUGGAAGAGGAACGGUGGCUGCCACCGCCGGCCUGCACCCUGGCCAGUGCAUCAUCAAGGUAAACGGCAUCAAUGUGAGCAAGGAGAGCCACGCCAGUGUCAUCGCUCAUGUCACCGCGUGCAGAAAGUACCGUCGGCCAUCACAGCAAGACACCAUUAAGUGGAUUUACAACAACAGCGAGAGCGCUUUGGAGGAAAACCAGAAAAGUAACAUGAAACCCACCCUGGAGGAGAACGGGGACGGCUUUGAGGGCAAAGUGGAAGAAGUAAUUGACAAAUUCAACACGAUAGCCAUCAUCGAUGGGAAGAAGGACCAUGUGAGCCUCACAGUAGACAAUGUCCACCUGGAGUAUGGAGUGGUGUAUGAGUAUGACAGUACAGCUGGAAUCAAAUGCCACGUUCUGGAGAAGAUGGUCGAACCCAAGGGGUUCUUCAGCCUAACUGCUAAGAUCCUGGAGGCACUGGCACGAAAUGAUGACACGCUGCUGCAGAUGUGCAGCAGAUUGAGCUCCAGCUGUGACAUAAUACCAAAGGACUUGCAGGUACGCUUCAAGGCCAUGUGCGGUGAGAGGACGGAGCACAUCAACCGCCGCAUCACCAACUACAGAAAGUUUUCUCGGGUACUGAAGAACAGAGCGUGGCCCACCUUUAAGCAGGCUAAAGCCAAAGUUUCGCCUCUCCACAGCAGCGACUUCUGUCCCACGAACUGCCACAUCAAUGUGAUGGAGAUCUCUUACCCGAAGACCACCACCUCCCUGGGCAGUGCCUUUGGUGUACAACUGGACAGCAGGAAGAACUCUUUGGAGAAGAGCGUUCGCAGCACUGGAGAGAGCGGUAAGCUAAACCCCAUGGUGAAUGCCCAGUACACCAUCACAACUAUGGCUGCACCAUCUGGUCACAGCUUGGGUCGGACGGAGGGUCAUGGUCUCCGGUUCUUGCUCCGAGAAGACGACCUGCUCACCCUGGAUACAUAUCAGAAACUGCUUUAUAAGCUCACUGCCGCUGUCAAAGAGAUGGAGACGCAUGGUGCCCAUAUUCAUGACCUGCUAUCCUCCAUCACAUACCCUGCAGCGUCAGAGAUGAGGCACCCAGAGAGCUACAUAUCCGCAGAGAGUGAAGGGGAGAAAGUGGAGAGGAAUGGGAAGAAGGUGUGUUUUAAUGUGACAGGAGACGAGCAGGAGGACUCUGGACAUGACACUAUCAGCAACAGAGACUCAUACAGUGACUGUAACAGCAACAGGAACUCCAUUGCCUCCUUCAGCAGCCUCUGCAGCAGUCACUGCAGCUCCUACGCUCACAGUGAUGACAUGGACUCAGGAGAUGAGAUGCCAUCUAGUGUGUGGCUGUCCCAUGACAAGGAAAGGAAACUACAUGGCUUCUUAGAGCAUCUGUUCAGCCAGGUGGACUCAAUCACCAGCUUGCUGAGAGGAGCGGGGGUGGCUCGGGCUUUUGAGCAGACAAAAUGCUUCACACCUGCAAGAGGACUACAAGAGUUUCUGCAGGAGAUGGAGCCUGGGGUAAACUGUGCCAAAAAGCUGCGCCUCCACAUCAAGCAGGAUCCAUGGAACCUUCCCAACAGUGUUCAAAGUCUCACACAAACCAUUUCUAAAUAUGUAGAAGAGGUGAAGACGCGACUGCUUCUGGUUCUGCUGCAGUAUACAGAUUCAGAGAUCCAGCUGCGUCGUGAUAUGGUGCUCUCUCAGUCUUUGGUUGCUGCGGUUUGUGCUUUCUCAGAGCACCUGCUGGCUGUCCUGAACCAGUUCAACAAUGUAGGAAUAGAACUGGACCAGGACUUUCCAGAUCCUCAGGAGCUCCAGGAAACGCAGGAGGCCAGCCGUCGGUGGCUGGAGCAGAUAGCCAGCGCUGGCCUGCUGCUUCACUUCCAGUCGCUCCUGUCUCCCAAUCUGACUGAUGAACAGGCCAUGCUGGAGGACACUCAGGUGGCAUUGAUUGAUCUGGAGAAGGUCACCUUCUACUUCCAACAAUUUGAGGGCGAACCAAUGGUUGCAAAUAUGCCCAUCUCCUACCAGGUGGAAGGCACUCGGCAGGCCCUGAAGGUCUAUUUCUACCUGGAGAGUUACUACUUCACACAUUUGCCUUACAGGCUAAAAAAUGGAGGCGGUGUUAAAAUCUACCCUGUCCUCUUUACACAAGCCCUGGAGAGCAUGGAGGGAUAUUACUACAGAGACAAUGUGUCAGUGGAGGAAUAUCAGGCCCAAAUUAAUGCUGCCUCUUUAGAGAAGGUCAAGCAGUACAACAAGAGACUCGGGGCUUUUUUCCUGGAUCAGUCCAACAUACCGCCCAGCACUACACCCAAAGCCGCCCUCAUAGAUAAGUUGAUGCGACCCCUCAAUGCACUGGAGGAACUCUACCGUCUGAUGGAGAGCUUUAUCAGGUGCCGCCGUACCGCUGCCUGCCAGUACACCGCCUGUGGGGCUUCUGGUGUGGGGCUCCUCACUGUGGCGUCUGAGCUCUGCUCCCGUCUGGGAGCCACGCACGUCGUCAUGUGCAACAGUGGUGUUCAUCGAUGCACUUUGAGUGUCACAUUGGAGCAGGCUAUCCUGUUGGCUCGAAAUCAUGGCCUUCCCCCCCGCUGUAUCAUGCAGGCUACUGAUGUCAUGAGGAAACAGGGAGCAAGAGUUCAGAACUCUGCCAAAAAUCUGGGAGUGAGAGACCGAACACCAUCCUCAGUCCCAAGGUUGUACAAGCUGUGUCAGCCUCCUCCCCCAGAUGGAGAUCCAUAAUGCAUUGCACUGGAGAACAUGCCGAAACGUUCUUCAGGUUCAGCAGUCAAACUUCGCCCUCCACCAGUAUGCUUAUCUAGCUGAAGACAGUGCCUCGUGUCUGUCCAUUCCAGCUGCCUGUAAUGUAAAUAAAGUUUUAAAUAGUAUUUUAAUGCUUUUUAUUUUGACUGUUGUACUUUAUAAAAAAUAUUUUGGGGGUUUUUCUAUGUAAAUUGUAUCAAAUACAAUAUUGUGUUUGAAUGAGAAUGCAAAAAGGGAACACGCACCCCAUUAUGUUAACUGUUUUUAUAUAAUGAGUUUAAAAUUAGAUUUGUUUCUGAGAAAGGCAUUUUCAUUUCAUGCUACUUUGAAUCUUGUCGUAUUUAUGCUGCUGUGCAAACACCCUUUUAAACGCUUUACAAAUAUCAGUAUAUUUUAUUGAGAUUUUUAUUUGAUAAAAAAAAAGAGACAAUUAAUAGCGUAGAUUUUAUGAAGGAAGAUAUAUUAAGAUUUUUACAGAUAAGAAUAAAAAAAGCUCAAGCUGUAUGUGUGUUUGGCCCCUGAGUAAAUGCUUGGUAGGAUAACCUUUUGCAGCAAUUAGAAAUCCCACGUUUUCUUUUUAUUCUGCUGUAUUUCCGUCAGAUGUCUUAGUCUAGAUGUGGAUCUUUGCUAAAUUUUUCAUUGCAAAACAGAAACUCAGUCAGAUUGAAUAGAGAAUGUCUGUU